AUGGUUCCCAAGCCCCAGAACAUCACCGCUGCCUCGGUCACGCACCGCCCGCUCCCGCCGCUCCCCAAACUGCGCGUUCGCAGACCGAAUAAGCCAGAAACCAACCCGUGCCUCGGUGUAAUGUCGUCAGUUUUGGGAUGCUGGGCAUCAUCUGGCUACAGUGUUCAAGGCUGUGCACAGCUCGAGACGAAGCUACGACAAUGCAUGGAUGCGCCUCGUGACAAAAACCGCAAGAAGAACAGCAUCAAUUACCAUCUCUCGCGAAUGUACCCGAACAUCGUCGGUCCCCACAAGCGCAAGUAG